ACGGUUCGUAAAAUAAUUAGCGUUUGGUCCAUACGAGAUUAAUAUAUAAAAAAAAAACUACAAAUCCAACGUCCAAUUAUUUUGUAGUAACACUCGCUUGUGUAGUUUUCUGUCGGUCCGAAUGAUUUAUAUAAUAAAUACGGAUUUGUAAGUGCAUUGUGUUUUUUUUUGUAUUUAUAUUUGUUGAACGUAUCGAAUUUUUAUCUUAUUCGUUCGAUUCUCGUCUUAUCUGGUCAAACUAUCAAUUUGUUAUUACUGUGGUAUAGGUGUAAACGCUACGCGGCGUAAUAUAUUAAUUACAAGUGCUGCCGGAACUGGACGUCACAAGGAUUCGUUCGUUCGGUUGAAAAUUAAUUUUUUUAAGUUUUUUUUUUAAGCCGAUCGCCGCAUUGUUACAAUGAUGGAAAACAAAACCCACGUUAUACCGAAAAACUACGGCCCGAAAGCGACGUUGGCCCAAAGCUUGGCUACAAUCGCCCAGAGUUUUCUACUCAUCGGUCUCGGCAUGGAACUGACCAUCCCUACACUGGUGAUUGGAGAUCUGUACCAAGACAAAAGCGAGGGGUUCCGGCUGUCCACGACCGAAGCCUCGUGGUUCGGCAGCAUCCUGUACGUGUGUCACCCCACCGGCAGCUUCUUGUCCGGGUUUCUGCAAGAGCGGUUCGGCAGGAAACGGUGCAUGCUUAUGGCCAACGUGCCCAGCAUUCUGGGAUGGAUCCUUCUGUACUUUACCGAGUCCACGACCAUGCUGUACGCGGCUUCUCUGUCAAUGGGGAUGAGCAUAGGGUUCAGCGAGGCUCCUAUACUGUCGUAUGUCGGCGAAAUCACCGAGCCCAGGCUCAGGGGUUCGAUGGCUUCCAUAGCUAGUCUGUCGUCCAUGAUCGGCAUGCUGUUGAUCUCGAUAUUGGGUUUCUUCUUUCCGUGGAGGACCGUAGCGCUGCUGAGCACCAUGUGUCCGGUCCUGUGCAUAUGCUUUGUCUCGUUUAUUCCCGAGUCGCCGAUGUGGUUAAUAGCUCAGGGGCAGACCGAGAAAGCGGAAAAAGCCAUAUGCUGGCUAAGAGGUUGGGUGGAGCCGAGCGUUGUCAAAGGCGAAUUUCACGAGCUGGUCCGCUACAACUUGGUGUCGGGCACUCAAAACGGCGAAACCCCGGCCGUUUCUAAGCCUGCCGGAUUAUUUCACAAGCUGGCUCUGUUCAAAGACCCGCUGGUCUACAGGCCGCUCAGACUGGUGAUGGUGUUCUUUUUUUUCUCGUUAGUACUUUGCCUCGUGCCAUGCCGUCCGUUUCUUUACCGCAUAUUUAUCAACAUCGGUCUGACCGAACACCACGAUCUGCUAUUGGUGUUUCUGUCGGUUCUGCAAAUCGUCGCGUGCUCGUUGACCAUAUUGACCGUCAGCCGGGUGGGCAAGAGAUGUCUGACCAUGUUGACGCUGUUCACAAACACCAUAGCGAUAUUUUCUUUUGGCAUAUACAUAAUAGCCACGAAAAACAAUUACAUCAGCCCGGCCCCGUGGAUGCCGUUCACGUUAAUAAGUUUGAUUUACUUCUUUGGAGCCUACGGCAUUGCGUGUAUGCCGUGGAUACUGUUGAGUGAAAUCUAUUCGAACGAGAGCCGAGGCGUUGCGACUGGCGCGUCAGCAGCGUUUUCAUAUUUGCUUAUAUUUGUUUUGACAAAAUCCUACUUAACCGUUGAACUGUAUCUAACGCUGGAGUUAACGAUGAUUUUGUUCGGUGUUAUUGGAAUUUUCGGUAUACUAUACCUGUACUAUUAUCUGCCAGAAACGGAAAACAAAACGUUCUUAGAAAUUGAAGAAUUUUUCCUAUUGAAUAAAAGAUUGUGCCAUUUCGUUGUGUUGUUCAUUUCGAUUAAACAAUCCUCUGUACAGACCGUGGCCAUCGUCGCACAGAGUUUCCUACUGAUUAAUUUAGGAAUGGAAUUGAUGAUAUCCUCCCUGGUCCUAGGCGACUUGUACAACGGCAAAGACAAAGACCGUUUCUCCUUGACAAUAUCCCAAGCUUCUUGGUACGGUAGCAUUUUGUUCAUUUGCCAUCCGCCGGGCAGCCUCGUUUCGGGGUUUUUGCAAGAAAGGUUCGGUAGAAAGCGCUGCAUGAUAGUGGCGAAUAUUCCCAGUGUUAUUGGAUGGAUACUGUUGCACUUAGCAGGGUCGCCUACGAUGCUUUAUUCGUCUACACUGACGAUGGGCCUGAGUAUAGGGUUCAGCGAGGCCCCGAUAUUCUCAUACAUAGGAGAGAUAACCGAACCACGUAUUAGGGGUUCUCUGUCCUCAGUUGCAAACACUGGCACCAGCGUUGGAAUGGUGUUGAUUUCAAUCCUGGGCUGCUUCUAUCACUGGAAAUACAUUGCAUUGUUAAGUGCGUCGUGCCCUUUACUGUGCAUAUGUCUUGUUCUCGUUAUUCCAGAAUCGCCAAUCUGGCUGAUAACCCAAGGCAAAACCGAAGAAGCUAAAAAAUCUUUACGUUGGCUAAGAGGUUGGGUGGAAGAGCCGGUCAUAGAAGAAGAAUUCCGAAAUUUGGUUCACUACAGCAAGGUGUCGGGCACUGGAAACGGCGAAACCGCUCGAAACAACACCGGAAUGUUUUGCAAGAUAAAAAUGUUCAAAAACCCUUUGGUGUAUAGGCCACUGAGAAUGGUGUUGAUUUUCUUUUUCUUUUCUCAGAUAGUCAGCGUUAUUCCGUGCCGGCCGUAUGUGAAGAACUUGAUGACGGAAGCUGGGCUGGUGGACGACCAAGACCGGAUAUUGGCCCUCUUGUCCGUUAUUCAAAUCACUCCUUGUUUUCUAACAAUAGUGACUUUGAAACGAUUUGGUAAACGUUUUCUGGCUCUGUUCACAUUGUCGACAAACACCGUGGCCAUAUUGGCCUUUGGAGGGUACACGGUGGCUAUCAAAAACGGUUACACGAGUCCGUUGCCUUUGAUACCGUUAACGCUUCUCUGUUUGAUAUAUUUCUUCUCGGCCUACGGAGUUAUAUGUGUCCCGUGGAUGCUCAUAAGUGAAAUAUAUCCUAACGAAAUCCGAGGAGUUGCAACCGGAGCGUCUGCUGCUUUUUCGUAUUUACUAAUUUUUUUUUCGACAAGUAUAUAUUUGACCGUCAAAGAAACCUUCCAAGAGUAUACUAUGAUUUUAUUCGGCGUAAUUGGAAUAAUUGGAAAUGUAUACUUAUAUUAUUAUUUACCGGAAACGGAAAAUAAAACGUUAUUAGAAAUUGAAGAUUUUUUUACUCUAAAUAAAAGAGUACAUUAGAU